AUCCUUGGUUUGGGGGAGGGGGCCAGAAAGAACUGAGGAUGGGCUAGGGAAUAAGGUAAGGCAAUAGCCAAUUGAAUGAAACCAGCCAUUAAGGGGCGGUGUCAAAAAUUUCCCAAGAAAGACCACAACUCCCGUGGUGCUUUGUUCAUUCAACGCCGGAUUAUGAAAUGGUAUUUAGCUCGCUUGUCGGAACUCGUAGUCUUAAUUAAACCGGUAAGGUCCUGGAAGAUAUAAAAAAACGCAGUGUGUUCUCCCCUCCCCCGCAUUAAGUAAUUUAACUAAAAACUCCCGUAUUUUGUAAAUAGAGAAAAUGUUAAAUAACCAAAUAGUAUAAAACUCGUGGACCUGGAUUUAGGUCGGGCUUUGAGGAGUCUCGAGGGAGACCAAGGGAUUUUAGGACCUUUCCGAUCGCAGCUCUUUCUUCCGCCGAGGCCGGAGCUACCCCGGGAGAGUCGGAGCUGCAGUCAUGUCGGCUGCCAUCGCCGCUCUGGCAGCGUCCUACGGGUCGGGCUCGGGAUCCGAGUCCGACUCCGACAACGAGAGUGGCCGCUGUUCCUUGCCAGCAGCCGACUCCCUUAUCCAUCUGACGAAGGCGCCUUCGGCCAAGCUCUCUCUAGUGGGGACUGUGGACGCGGCGCCGGAGGUGGCGGUUAAGGAAGAUGUGGAGACUGGAGUACACCUUGACCCUGCCAUUAAGGAAGUCCAAUACAAUCCUUCCUAUGAGACCAUGUUUGCUCCUGAGUUUGGACCAGAAAAUCCCUUUAGGACUCAGCAGAUGGCUGCCCCUAGGAAUAUGCUUUCUGGAUAUGCAGAACCAACUCAUAUCAACGAUUUCAUGUUUGAACAGCAGAGACGCACUUUUGCAACCUAUGGCUAUGCAUUGGAUCCUUCAUUAGAUAAUCAUCAAGUUUCUACUAAAUAUAUUGGCUCUGUAGAAGAAGCUGAAAAAAAUCAAGGUUUAACUGUAUUUGAAACUGGACAGAAAAAAACAGAAAAGAGAAAAAAGUUCAAAGAAAAUGAUGCAUCAAAUAUUGAUGGUUUCUUAGGACCUUGGGCAAAAUACGUAGAUGAAAAAGAAGUGGCUAAACCUUCUGAAGAAGAACAGAAAGAGUUAGAUGAAAUCACAGCAAAGAGGCAAAAGAAAGGCAAACAUGAAGACGACAAACCUGGGGAAGAAAAGACCAUUUUACAUGUCAAAGAAAUGUAUGACUAUCAAGGCAGGUCUUAUCUUCAUGUUCCUCAAGAUGUCGGUGUUAAUCUCCGUUCUACAGUACCACCUGAGAAAUGUUAUCUUCCCAAAAAACAAAUUCAUGUUUGGUCUGGACACACAAAGGGCGUCAGUGCCGUCAGGCUAUUUCCUCUUUCUGGCCAUUUGUUACUGUCUUGUUCCAUGGACUGCAAAAUUAAGCUAUGGGAAGUUUAUGGAGAUCGGCGCUGUUUAAGAACAUUUGUUGGUCACAGUAAAGCUGUUAGAGAUAUCUGUUUUAAUGGUGUAGGAACUCAGUUCCUCAGUGCAGCAUAUGACAGGUAUCUCAAGCUAUGGGACACUGAAACAGGUCAGUGUAUAUCAAGAUUUACAAACCGGAAAGUUCCUUAUUGUGUCAAGUUCAAUCCUGAUGAAGAUAAACAAAAUCUUUUUGUGGCUGGCAUGUCAGAUAAGAAGAUUGUACAAUGGGACAUCAGAAGUGGGGAGAUUGUACAAGAAUAUGAUAGGCAUUUGGGAGCUGUCAAUACCAUUGUGUUUGUGGAUGAGAAUAGGCGGUUUGUGAGCACUUCUGACGACAAGAGCUUACGUGUUUGGGAAUGGGACAUUCCUGUAGACUUUAAAUAUAUAGCAGAACCCAGUAUGCAUUCAAUGCCUGCAGUGACUUUAUCUCCAAAUGGGAAGUGGCUAGCAUGUCAGUCCAUGGACAAUCAAAUUUUAAUUUUCGGAGCACAGAACCGAUUUAGAUUGAAUAAGAAAAAAAUAUUUAAAGGGCACAUGGUGGCAGGAUAUGCUUGUCAGGUGGACUUUUCCCCAGAUAUGAGCUACGUGAUAUCAGGAGAUGGAAAUGGAAAAUUAAAUAUUUGGGACUGGAAGACUACAAAACUCUACAGUCGAUUUAAAGCUCAUGAUAAAGUAUGCAUAGGUGCUGUGUGGCACCCACAUGAAACAUCUAAAGUUAUCACUUGUGGCUGGGAUGGUCUUAUUAAAUUAUGGGAUUAAUCCUCAAACUUCAUUAGGGUCUUUUUGAUUUGAUGACAUAUUUAACUAUUUGAUUAUUAAAUGUGUUGGGUGACAAUUUCUGUUUGACAGAUAUGUGCUCUUUACACAGACUUCUGACUCAAUACAAAUAUACAAUUCAUUUUGUAAUUUUGAUUUAUGUUCUUUCUAGAUGUCAUUCUGGUCUUUAUAGAUGUGACCAAAAUAAGCAAUGCCUUAUUGGCAUCCCUUUCUUUCCAAUUACUAAGGCUUACUAUCACUUAUAAAUUGCGAGAACUUUUUGAUCCUUAUGUUUUAUUGCUAUCUCCUUACUGUUCAUGGAAUCCGCCUAAUCUUCCCUAUUGGAUUUUGUGAUUCCUAACAGUUGAAGUAGUAAAUGAACAUUUAAUUCUAAGGGAACAAAUACAUAGGUCUUCAACAAAGCAGAAAUAAAGACCUCAGUGAUCGUUUCAUUGUACAUAAAUCUAGAGGAAGAAAAAGCUGUUGGAUGAACAGCUUUUCUUCUCUGAUAGGCUUUUCUACAUACCCAGUUCUAAUAAGUCGCAUCUUGUGAGUUCUGUUGUUUCUCCAUGGCAUCCUCUUUCUUUAUUUAUUUCUUUUUUUUUUUUUUAAAUCUCUUCAGUUGCAAGUCAUCAUUUUCCUUUGGCUACAACUUAAUUAAUAUGGACAGUUAAGAAAUAAAGAAUAGACCAAAGUCCUUCUUCAUCUUCCCAAUGCAAGCAGAUCAAUGCCCUUUAAUUACAAAAUUAGAUUAUUUCUAAACAGUAACUCAUGUAGAGGGCAAAUUGGGUCUGCAUUAUUGUGUUGGGAAAUACAUAAAAUAUGCAAUUAUUUUUUCAGGAACAUAACUCUUGAUCAACAUAUAAAUCAUCUGAAAACAUAUCUUUUGAAGGGACAAGCUAUUAGCACUUUAAUUUUGAUAAGCCAUCUCCUUUUGUUAUUUUCUAGGAAGCUACUUUUUGAUGUUUUAAAAGUGUUUUGUUGUAAACUGAUAUAAUUAGAAAGGUACCAUGUUGGAAAAGACUAGGGAGACUGCCUGAUCAAGUGGGGUGGCUACCUAGGGUGCUGAGCUGAAGACCACGGGAAAGCUAAGUGUUGACAACCCCGAAAGCAUUAAGUGCUUGGUAAUCUACUUCCUAGACCAUUUUUUUGUUAAACACAUAUACACUAUCAUUAUGUAACUUGUACAAAUGUGUGAUUUUUGUCCUCAUAGAAAUUUCAUUUUUAAAGAACAUGGCACCUCUUGGCCAACAACACAUAGAAAGAUGUUUUGUUAUUCCCUAUUGCUAAAAGCAAAACUUACAAGAAAAGAAUAACAGAAAGAGGAGAGGUUCUUUGUUGUGUAUUGCUCACUCAAAGAAAUAAAGACUAUCUGGACUACAGAUAGACUACAUCUGCCAGGCAGAGGUGGUUGUCUUAAUUUUCCAAAUGGGAAGUAUGUAGGCGAGUUCUUAAGCUGAACUUUAGUCUGAAUGUAAGCUAUUAACAAAUGUGAAUUAUUGAUGUGUGAUAAAACAGAAUUAAUCAUAGGCUUAAAACUACAUCUUGUUCAGUAUCAGGAUUGUGUGUGCAACAAAUUGUAUUUUCUAAAAUCUAGAUAGUUGUUGUAUAGUGUUUUUUGACUGUUUCUAGACUAAACUGUACAUAAAAGUUCACUUUUUAAAGAGCCUAUUUUUAAAUAUAUCAUUUUACAGAAAAAUUA